GCGGGUGGGCGGAAGCGCGGCGCCCACGUGGUUCCUGCAGGGAGCCGCCGCCGGGUCCCGAACCGACCGGGACCGUGGGGGUCCAACGGGGCGGAUCCGAGCGGGGUCGGGCCUAGAGGGACCGUGAUAGGGACCGGGACAAAGCGGGGCCGGUGCUGGCCGCCAUGGAUCCGCUGCGGGCUCAGCAGCUGGCGGCCGAGCUGGAGGUUGAGAUGAUGGCCGACAUGUACAACCGGAUGACCCAGGCGUGCCACCGCAAGUGCGUCCCCCCGUUCUACAAGGAGUCGGAGCUGUCCAAAGGGGAAUGCGUGUGCCUGGAUCGCUGCGUGGCCAAGUACCUGGAGGUGCACGAGCGGAUGGGCAAGAAGUUGACGGAGCUGUCGCUGCAGGACGAGGAGCUGCUCAAGCGAAUGCAGCAGGGCAGCGGCACCGCCUGAGCCCCCACCCAUCACCCCAAUAAACCUGGGCGUCUGCUGUGCUCCCCUCGCCCCCCAAACCCACCCUGUGGCCGUGUGUUGGGGUACGUGGUGCCCAUGGUUGCUGCUGGGAGCCCCCCUUGUACCCAGCUGCCACGUGCUGUGUCCUUGUGGGGGGCACCCCGGGUGCCCCCCCCGGCUGGGCCCAGCCCAUGUAAUCCCCUGGAUUAGGCAGAGCUGGGCUGAGCCCCUUGUAAUCCCCAGUGGGGUGGGACAGGGCUCAGCCCCUCCCUGUCUGUCUGUGCUGGGGGUCACCAGAGGGGACUGCCUAGGGGCCCUGCACAGGGACACAGCCCCCGAGGGGCAGGGCACAGGGACACCCUCGCAGGGACACUCCCAGAACACCCAGCCCUGUCUGAGGAUGCACAGAUGGGAUCACGUGGGGACAACCCAGGGACACCUCUGCCUGAGCAAAGACCACUUGGGGACAGCCAGAGACCACGGGGGAGGGGGCAUGGUGACACCCACGUGGGACCAGUCUGCACACACACAGACAGACACCCCACACACCCCUGGGGACACUUAGAGGGAACAAGGGACCCGGGGGACACGGACACCCAGCGAGUUACACCCGCUGAGGGACACCCCACACUGUGUGAGGGACACCUGCCAAGGGGCAUCCCUGGGAUGACACACACCCAGAGGGACAGCGGGCAGGGGCCGGGCUCUGUCCCUGCGCCCGCAGCCCGGCAGUGUGUGCUCCAUCCGUGUGCUCCAUCCGUGUGCCGGCGCCUGCGGGAAGUGGGUCAGGCUGUGCAGGGCGCGGGUGACAGCGCGGAGGUGGCUCUGCACCCCGCGGCUCCCGUGACACCCGCCAGCACUCUGCCAGGGGUGCGGGGUGUCGGCGUCACGGCGGCCUGCGUGUCACCGGCCCCGCGGUGGCGCCGGGGCGUGCGGCGCGUGUCGGGGGUCUGGGUCCCGCAGGGGGUGUCCGUCCGUCCGUCCCCCCCGCGGCGCCCUGCACGCCUCGCUGCCCUGCCACCCGCCGCUUCCAUCAAUAUUUCAGGAGCGGCAGGCGGUGACCUGAAUCGACAGUGGCCCACCCACAGCAGCCAGGCCCCGCUCUCCCAAAAUAAGACCAUUUUUAAUAAAUAAUUUCCCACC